GAGCCUGCCGCCCAGUCUGUCCCUCCGCAAGACCGAGCGCUGGCCCUCUCCAAGUACAGGGACUUGAGAUGACUCACUUUGAGAUGAAGAGUAUUCUGAAAAGCAAGACGACGAAGCUGACCUCUCGGCUGAGGCUAGAGGAGUCCACCCAGAGUCACUCCAUUGGGGCGGUGCGUUGGAACCUCCCUGAGGAGAACCUCCAGGCCCACUCCUCGGCCCCUAGCAGCCACUUCAAGAGCAGCGCCCCUUCCACACGCUCGCAGCAACACCCUCGCCAGAAUGGCCUGAAGGACCUGAAGACCUUGCAGGAGUGUGUCAACUUUAUCAAUCACUGGAAAGAGCAGGUGGCCCAGGUCUGCAAGGGGAAAAGUGAUCCAGAGGAGGGCAGUAGUCAAGGGGUGCCCCCUGCCGACCACCGUACGGAGCGCAGUCUGGAGGAGAGCAGGAAACUCAUCCUCCUGUGGGCCAGCGAGCUGAAUAACGUCGACAAGCUGUCGAAGGAGUGCCGUGAGGAGGAUAAGGAAACGGGGCGUGUCAAGGGGGAACAGGACCUCAACGAGGAGCUCCAGAGAAUCAUGGAGUGGGCCAAGGAGCUGCAGAGCGCCUCAGAGAGCUGCGGGGUGCAGAGCGAGGAGUUGGGUCAGGUCCUGCGUCUCCUGGGACUGAGGAAGAAGAGGCUGGUCAACCUGCUGCCUUUGCUUGAGUUCAUCACAUGGUCACUGCUGAAGGAGGACAGCAAGGAUAUGAUUCCACAGCUAUGGUUAUCAGCUAAGCAACAUACCUGGAAAGCUGGAGCACCAAGAUACAUACCUAAGUCAGUGUGGAGUUGGAUCAGCAGUGCCUCAGCUGACGUAACCCUUGACCCAUUAACCAACCACCCAUGGCUGCAGCUCUCAGAUGACUACCUAAAGGUCCAGGAGGGCCGGACUGAGUCAGCCCUGCCCUACAGCCCCCAGCGCUUCGACAGCUGGCCUGGCGUGCUGGGCUGGGAGGGAUACUCCAGCGGGCGCCACUACUGGGAAGUUGACAUUGCCAACAAUGGCUACUGGCGCAUCGGUCUGACCACCGGCGACUCCAAACGCCUAGGCCGCUUUCCCAUGAACCCCCGGUCCGGGUACUGGUCGCUGUGGCGAAGCACACGGCAGUUUUACGCCUGCACCAACCCUGAGACCCUGCUGCCAAUCAGUCUAGUGCCACGCCGGAUGGGCAUCUAUCUAGAUUACGGGGAAGGGCAGAUCUCCUUUUUCAACGCAGAGAAUAAGUCGCACAUCUACACAUUCACAGGCACCUUCAGAGAGAAGCUGUACCCGCUGUUCGCGCCGCUGGACGGACGCACGCUCAUCACCAUCGUCUCACCACACGAAAUCUCAGCGUUUUAAAAUCGCCCCAAAUACUUUGUCCCAUGCUCAUUUCCCUGCCUGUGUCUGAUGGACCCUCUACAUUCAGGAGAAGAACAAAUUAAGUAGAAUCAAAUAACGAGGGGUUCAAGUUCGAUUUUGUCAUUAAAAACAACAGUGCAUUGGCAUUAAUAUGUGUCCUUCUAUGCCUAAGCUCUAAAUGCAAUCUGACACUUUUUCAAAUUAAAACAACCAAGCAAAAAAUGAAAAAAAACUACAGUUUUUACGCAUACCUUUUUUGUAUUACUGUAUAUAUUAUCUAUUAUACUAUGUAUCUAUCCAUAUCUAUUUAUGUGUAAAUCUGUUUAUCUAUGCACCGUACUCUGCACUUUCCCAAUAUGAACGUGUUGAUAUUUGAAAAUACACUUUGUAUGGACCAAAUUUCUUCCCCCAUUAAAUAUUGUUACAGUACAAGAAUUUCAGAGUUUAAAUCACACAUUUGUGAGGAUGGAAUCAGCACAUAAAAACCUUAAAAAUUGAUUUAUUUCACAAAAAAACCCUCUCCUUUUGUGCAAUAACAUUUACUAAAAGAAAAAAAGAAUAAAAUCUCUAUGUAUA